UGAAUAUAUAAGAUUUGUUAUUGUAAGUCAUAAUUUAUUAUGUAUUAAAUAAUGAGCCGAUUAAUAAAAGUUUUAAGGCCUCAAAAUAUUUUGAACUAUAAAAGUGGUUUGGAACUUCAACAAAAAAUAUCCGCACAAUCCGUCCAAAAUGUUGCUUCUUUCAAAAAUUACAUCAUUUUGCUGGAACAUCACCCCGUCUACACAAUUGGCAUUCGCACAAAAGGAUACACCGAAAAAGAUGAGAAACACCUACAAUCCCUCGGUGCAGAUUUCCACAAAACCAAUCGAGGUGGGCUAAUUACAUUUCAUGGACCAGGACAACUUGUGGCUUACCCUGUACUGCAUUUGAAACAAUUUAAACCAAGCAUGAGAUGGUAUAUCGCUCAACUAGAAUCAACUGUGAUUGACUUGUGUAAGUCGAUGGGUAUACCGAAUGCUCAAACCACUGCUGACACAGGAAUUUGGGUUGGAGACAAUAAAAUUUGUGCAAUUGGUGUUCACGGUUCACAAUACAUCACAACCCACGGAAUAGGUUUAAAUUGCAACACGGAUCUUUCAUGGUUCGAACAUAUUGUACCAUGCGGUAUUGAGAAUAAGGGAGUAACAUCACUAUCAAAAGAACUUAAUCGAAGCAUCUCAAUCGAUGAUGCUAUUCCACAUUUAUUGGAAUCGUUCAGUCGAAAUUUCGAAUGCAGAUUUGAGUGGGAGGAUGAUGAAAAUUUAAUAAAAGAACACAGUGAUACCUUAUAAAUUC